AUGUCGAAGCCCAAAGUCCGAAAACUGCAAGAUUACCCAAGGGGUUUCCCGAAAAUCUCCUGCUUCCUCGACAGCGACGAUGCCUUCAUGGUAUACCGGCGCUUCGGCUCGGUAUAUUCCCGCCUCUUGCUGUCUAAACAGGACGAGAUGAGCAGGAUGGAAGCUACACUUCUCGCCAUGGACCAAACAGAUCACGCUGAUGGCAAUGAAAGCUAUCUUAUGUCGAGACCUUUCGAUGUUGAGAGAGAAGAGAUUCCUGAGGUGUGGAAGGGGCAAUCGAGGGUAAAGCUGUUGGAGAGGAUGGAGAAGGUCGCGCUUGAGUAUGCGGAAUUACUGCUCAAAGCUCAAAAGCUCAAGGCAAUGGAUAGGCCGUCGAAUCGAGACUAUCGGAGCGUCUUACACUUCAUGGAGAAUGAUGGAGGUCAGCUUUUUGAAGAGGAUAUGGGAUUUAUAUAUGAGAAAGAAGAUCUAAUUACUUUGAGACCGGGCAGGGAGUAUGCUUGGCUCGAUGGACUGCUUGAGCGGACGUUGAAGGUGCUGCGGUGUAGGCUUAUCAAGUUUUUCUUCUGCCCUAAAGAGACAAGAGACAAGACCGACGACAAAGAUAUCCACUACUACGACCGCGAUAGAAUCUCGACUUGCGUGACGAUGAUGAUCACCACCAUAGUCUUGGCUCUCCUCGUGGUGCCGAUUUGGCUCCUCUACAGAUUCUCCAUUCAGGGAACAAUUGCCACAAGUCCGGAUACUAUCGGCGUAGUCCUUGUCUUUACCCUUGUGUUCUCUGCUGCCCUCACGGGCUUCACGAAGGCGAGACGGCAUGAGAUCGUGGCCGCAUCCGCAGGUUAUUGCGCCGUGUUGGUCGUAUUCUUGGGCAACGUGAACAACAAAGAUACUAGUGAUGGAACCGAUUGCGCACAGGAAACUUGGAAAUUAUACAUUGGACUGAGAAUACUCGAAGUGAAUUCUAAACAACGCGCCCCCUAUGACUCCGUAAGAUACGACGACAGGUACCUCGAGCCAAGGUACGCCACAACCUUGAGUGAACCGCGCUCCGCAUCCUCGGGCAAGUCGUCAAGCAGUCAAUCUGGCCGGUCUUCGAAUUCGGACAAGGUACCUCUUUCGAUCAGCCAUGGCUCCUCUUCGCGAGACGAUGGGAGGUCUAAGACAACAGACGAGCGUUACUAUCCUCAGAGCUUCCUCGACCACGGUCAGCCCCAGAAGAAGUCUCUGUCAUGCCAGACAAAGGAUAAGGAUCAGAGGUACUACACGAAUUCAUCUUAUUACCGAUAG